GGUCACUAGAAGCCAGGGACUUGUGGCAGUGGGCUAUAGUCACUUCUGGAGUCCCCUCCAGAGGCCUGGACAAAAUUUAUUCCCCUGAACUCCUGGUACUUUAGAUGAGGCUUAAUCCUGCCCCCAAAGACCUCAGAAAUCAGGACACAGUGGUGGCCACACAGAUUUCUUGAUUCUAAAGUUUAGAGCCAUGGAAGAGGGGGGUGUGAUCCUCAAUUCCAGGCCUGUUCUUAGCUCAACACCCCCAGGAAGGAAUUAGAGGAACAGUGCCCGGGCAGGGCUGGCUGCUGCACUUGAGCAGCUUACAGGAGGGGCCGAGACAAGGGCUCCUUUGUUCAAGCUUUGGCUUAGAAAGUCAGGUGGCAACUCGGCACAUAUGUAGGUGGGCAGUGCCAACCUCCCAGUAUGGCCAGGGGUACCUGCCUCAGGGUCUCAGGGAGUCCCAUCAGCCCAGUGGCCAGGACUUAUGGGGUUGCCUGAACUGCCGGAACCCUGCCUGACCCAAGCCCACCUACUGCUGCCCAGUGCCAAGCCAUGACUAUCACCUACACAAACAAAGUAGCCAAUGCCCGUCUCGGUUCCUUCUCUUGCCUGCUCCUGUGCUGGCGCGGCAGCAUCUACAAGCUGCUGUACGGGGAAUUCCUCAUCUUCAUGUUUCUCUACUAUGCCAUUCGUGGAGUCUACAGAAUGGCUCUCACGAAUGACCAGCAGCUGUUGUUUGAGAAGCUGGCUCUGUACUGCGACAACUACAUUCAGCUCAUCCCUAUAUCCUUUGUUCUGGGUUUCUAUGUGACGUUGGUGGUGACCCGCUGGUGGAACCAGUACGAGAGCUUGCCUUGGCCCGACCGCCUCAUGAGCCAGGUGUCAGCCUUCGUGGAGGGCAAGGACGAGCAAGGUCGGCUGCUGCGGCGCACACUCAUCCGGUACGUCAUCCUGGGCCAAGUGCUCAUCCUGCGCAGCAUCAGCACCGCCGUCUACAAGCGCUUCCCCAGUCUUCAACACCUGGUGCAAGCCGGCUUUAUGACCCCUGGGGAAUAUAAGGAGUUGCAGAAGUUGGGCCUACCACACAACACAUACUGGGUGCCCUGGGUGUGGUUUGCCAACCUGGCAAUGAAAGCCUAUGUUGGAGGUCGAAUCCGGGACUCUGUCCUGCUCCAGAGCCUGAUAAAUGAGAUGUGCACCUUGCGUACUCAGUGUGGCCAUCUGUAUGCCUAUGAUUGGAUCAGCAUCCCGCUGGUGUACACACAGGUGGUGACAGUGGCAGUGUACAGCUUUUUCCUCGCAUGUUUGGUGGGGCGGCAGUUUUUGAACCCAGUCAAGAACUACCCAGGCCAUGAGAUGGACCUCGUUGUACCUAUCUUCACAAUCUUACAAUUCUUAUUUUACAUGGGCUGGCUGAAGGUGGCAGAGCAGCUCAUCAACCCUUUCGGAGAGGAUGAUGAUGAUUUUGAGACCAACUUUAUCAUUGACAGAAACCUUCAGGUAUCCCUGCUGUCUGUGGAUGAGAUGCACCAGGAUUUGCCUCCCAUGGAGCGUGACAUGUACUGGAAUGACUUAGAGCCUCAACCUCCCUACACAGCUGCUUCUGCCCAGUCUCGUCGGCCAUCCUUCUUGGGCUCUACCUUCAACAUCAGCCUGCAGAAAGAAGACAUGGAAUUUCAGCCAAACGAGAAUGAUGAUGAUGAUGAUAACAAUCAUGGCAGUGUCAUUGGCCGCUUCUUAGGGCUGCAGUCCAGUGACCACCAACCUCCUAGGACAGACUCAAAGACCAAACUAUUGUGGUCCAAGAAGGACUCCUACCUCGAGAGCCAGCCUAAUUCCAGGAAGAACUCUAGUGACCAGGAAGAUAAUGCCUGGAGACUUAAGACUCUGGACUCCUUCAGGGCUGCUCCACUGUUUGAGAGGCCAGGCUAUCACAGCGCCCCACAGACACCCCUCAGCCACACUCCCAUGGUCUUCCCUCCUGAGCAGUCAGCACCCUCCAAGCCUUACUUAGUCACAGGUGAUGAGGCUUCCCCGGAGCACCAAAAAGUCAAUCACAUGAAGAAGAAAACUGUGGAGUUUAACUUGAACAUUCCAAAGAGUCCCACAGGAUAUUCUAGAGAACCCCAUUUGGACCAGCAGCCAAACAACAUACACAUCAUACUGAAGGACCAUGCAGAGCCCCAUCCCACCUUGGAAAACAGGGAUGAAACUGGCACCUAACGUGUUUCUUAAGAGUGAUGCUUCUUGGCCUGGUCCUCAUCUUGCAUGGAUGCCAGCAGGACACUGAUCCAGUCAGAGGCACACAGCUGUUGACACCCAAAGAAUAUGUUCCUGAGACAGUCUGGCAAAGGAAUUCAGGACCAGGGGCUCAGUCCUGUCCGCACACACCUGUGUCUUACUACCUUCCCCACACUAAGGAGUUUAAUAAAUACAAGUACUCUUUUAGUUGUUCGGUGUCGUCAUCAGCAUCACAGGGACACAACUGCACACUGACACACCUUCAGUCUCAAGACAACAGCUGGGUACCAAAAUUCUUUAUUUAAAGAAAUGGUACAAAUGAAAGAACUUAAGCGGAUGUUUCGGUGCAACUCAUAGAAAAGAUAAA